AUGGAUAGUGGAGCUAAAGAGUGGUGGAUGUUUGCCAAAUGGUGUAAUGAAUAUGAGCGGGGAGUAGAUGAAUAUGUACAAAAGGCUUUUUCUUCUAAGUCUCAAGGAAAUCCAAUUUGUUAUCCUUGUGAAAGUUGUCAUUAUCGUUUUUGGCGUCAUGAAGGUGUUGUGAGAGAUCACCUUAUUUGUAAUGGUUUUGUUCCUCGAAUGGAUAAGUUAUCAGAGUUAGGGAUCAGCAUUGAAAGGGAACAAAAUAUUUUCGAUAAUGAUGAAAGGUCAAACCCAAAUGAUUUUAAUGAUAACAUCGUAGGGUUGUUGUAUGAUGCACGUGAUGCUUUUAGAAAUGGGCUAAUUGACGAGGCAAAAAAGUUUUUUAAGUUAGUUGAAGAGGGCCAGGAAGACUUGUAUGUCGGUUUUAAAAAUCAUUCAAAACUUUCCUUCAUGAUCCGACUUUUUAUUUUGAAGUGUGAUCAUAAGAUAACUAAUGUUGCUUUUGGAGAUAAAUUGGAGCUUAUAAGGGAGGUGUUACCUGAUGCAAAACUGCCAGCUUCUUUUAAUGAAGCAAAAAGUGUUUUGAAAGUGUUGGGGUUGGAUUACACUAAGAUAGAUGUAUGCCCAAAUGAUUGCAUGAUAUAUUGGGAAGAGCAUGAAAACGCAACAAGCUGCCAUAUCCAUGUUUGUGAGACGCCAAGAUGGAAAUCAAAUGACACAGAGAAUGACAUACAAAAUGAAAAUGGAAAGACCUAUAGGAUUCCUCAAAAGAUUCUUAGGUACUUUCUAAUAAAGAAAAGGCUUCAACGGCUAUUUAUGUGUCAAGAGACGACGAGAUACAUGACUUGGCAUGUUGAUGGGCGUGAAAAUGAUCAUCUUUUACAUCAUCCAGUUGAUGGUUAA